ACUAUUUUGUUAAUUAUUUUUGUAAUACAAUUAUAAUACUUAGUUAAAGAAAUUGUCGUUAUGGGCAAGAAUCACAAACAUCAGAAGCAGUUAAAGUCGGAAAAGGCUAAAGUUAAGCUUAAAACUAAAGGUUCUAAGCAAUUACCAAAAGGAUUAAAUAUUACGGAUACAAAUUUCAAAGUAAAGAAAAUUGUAAUUCGCGAGCAGUUAAAACAGCAAGAUGCGACGCAGAUUCUUAGUCGUAGAAAGCUUAAUGUUAAGGAUCUAUUACUAAGAUUGCAGCAUUAUAAUUCAUCGGUGAGGCAAAAUGCAAUUAGAGAAUUAAAAGAGAUUGUAUCGCAGCACACGGUUGAUAUACUGAAUGUUCAGUUGAGCGAAUUACUUAAAGGAAUUUCAGCUCUAAUUCUUGAUAAAGAAAAGGCCAUCCGCAGAGAAUCCUUAAAAGCAUUAAAUUUGAUUUUAAAUGCCGUUUCAAAGGACCAAUUGAUACCAUUUUGUAAUAUUUUGAUUUCAUAUCUAACAUGUGCAAUGACUCAUAUUAAUCAGAAUAUAAUGGAAGACUCGCUUUUAUUUCUUGACAUAUUAAUUCAAUAUUGCAGUAAUUUUCUUGCAAGUAAUGGUCAUAAAAUUCUGCUAUAUUUCUUGGAUAUGAUUUCUAAGCUACAAAUACAAGCUCAGCCAGGUAGGCAACUGAUAACAAAGUUGAAUUCCAAAAAUACCAGCAUAAAAUGGCGAAUAAAAGUUUUAAAUAGUUUACAACAUUUUAUGCUGUCUAUUGUUAAUAAUAGAAAAUGUAUUCAAAAAAGCUUACCGAUAUAUUCAUCGAAAGUGCAUUAUGUUAAGGAUAAUGAUUUUUUUCCAAUUUAUUCUUCAAAUUCCCUACAAACCUGUUCAAUUAAUUUUGAGGACAUUCGAACUUAUAAGAAAUUGAAUAGAUUUGUGGAUUUAGAUUCGCUGCAAAAUUAUAUCGACUCGUUAAUGCCAUUGAUGCUCGAUAGCUGGUUAGAAGUGUGUCCAAAGCAGUAUGGUUCUGUUAAUAUUCAACGUUCCAUUUCUACCGAAGCAGUGUCUCUUUUAAAAUGUAUAACGAGUAUAAUUCAAUCGACUAUCGAAUACAUAAAACUACUUGAAAGAGAAAGAGGAACAUGGUUGUCUAGUAUAUGGUAUAAAAAUAAAUUUCAAAAUGUUUUUAUAAAAAAUUUAUUUCUCGAAUUUCCAUAUGUACAACAAAAGUGUGAUGUACAAAUCGGUAAGUCUCAAGAAGACUCGACGGUAAAUUCUUCAGAAAAUUGUUUAGAGCAGAAUUUAACUUUAUGUUAUAUUUACAUUUGGUUUACGACAAUACAUAAUAAUACGAAAAUUGAUAAUUUAGAUAAGCAUUUGAGCCUGAUAAUCCUUCAAUUUAUCAUAGAUAAGCUUGACAAUUGGACGGAUAGCCAAGUAUUUGCAGUUUCGUGUUUAACGAAAGUGUUGAGAAUUUUAUUAAUAGAAGCAAAUGAAAUUUGGUACAAAAACAAUAUUUCACUAGGAGGCGUCUUGAAAAGUCUUAUAAAUGCUUAUUUACAUCAAACAAGCCAUGAUUUUCAAAUGCAAUUAUUUAUGAUUCUUACAGAAAUUACAGUGGACCAUAAUUUAACAUAUUUACAUAGCGAGGACACUUUUAAGGAUUUUAUUAAAUCGCUUCCUGCCUUAUUACUUAAAAAGAAAAUUAAUAACAGCACAAUUCGCAUGCUUAACAAAGUUGUGUUACAAUAUAGAGAUUGGAUACAACAUGAAUUAAAAGAAAAUCACGAUUCCAUUAUUGAAAAUGCCAAGACUAUUGAAAUAAUAGAUUCUGACGAUGAACGGAACUCUCGAUUAAUGAUUUGUAAUCUAUUUUAUUUUAUGAACGAACAAGUUUAUUAUUGAGAAACAUAAAUUCAGCUCGCUGUAACUGGUAAAUUUGGAAUAUCCAUGCUAAUUGGUGGCCAGUUUGGAUUGCAUUUUAAAUCAUACUCUA